CCUGAGGAGUUAGCAGCACACAGUGAUCCUCACGUCUGUCUCUACUCUUCUGCCUGACACACAGUGGCGCCUCGCAUAUCCGGGAGGCUUAAUUUUUGAAAGUCAAGAUUGAGUUGAUCACUAAAGAUAUGGAAGGGAAUGAAAAUGGCCAGGCACAAGGCACCGGUGCAGUAGCUGGAGUCUUCCUGGAGAAGACAAAGCAGAAGAUAACAAUAUAUCAGGCCAUGAAGAAACGUCUACUGAAGCCUGGCACAGCGUUGGCCCUGUUGGAGGCCCAGGCUGCCACUGAGGGAAUCAUAGACCUUAUCAACAACCGGAAACUUCCAGUAGAAGAAGCUGUCAAGGAAGGAAUAAUUGGACCUGAGAUGAGAGAAAAACUCCUUGUUGCCGAGAGAGCCAUUGAUGGUUACAUAGAUCCUUACACAAAUGAAAAAAUMUCUGUAUUCCAAGCCAUACAAAAGGAUAUGAUUUCAAAAAAUUAUGGAUCCCGGUUACUUGAGGCACAGCUAUCCACAAAAGGCCUAUUUGACCCUGUUGAAAAAAAACAUGUUUCAGUGUACUUAGCGAUUGAGAAGGGACACUAUGAAAAAGGUUUACUCUCUGACCAGAUGGAAGACCUCAAAGUUUUCUAUGAUCCAAACUCACAAGAAAAUCUUAACUACUCACAUCUGAUAGAGAAAUGCAUAGUAGAUCCUGACACUGGCUUACUGCUGCUCCCAGUUUGCAUCACCUUCAAAGGCCUGCGAAGGGGGGUGUCCUCCACUGAGCUCCUGGCGGCAAACAUCAUUGACAAAGAGACCUAUGACGACUUGCAGAAAGGCAAAACAACCACUCAGGAUGUGAUGCUCAUGGAGACUGUGAAAGAGUACCUGGAAGGUAAAGGAGGUAUCUCUGGUGUAGCUAUGCUCUCGUCCAAUCAGAGAAUGAGUAUCUAUCAAGCCAUGAAGCAGGGCAUUCUUAUGCCUGGAACAGCACUAGUUCUUCUUGAGGCACAGGCUGCCACUGGAUWCAUGAUUGACCCUGUUCAGAACAAGAAAUUCAGUGUGGACGAGGCUAUUAAAAACAAAGUUGUGGGCCCUGACUACCAUGCUAAACUGCUCUCGGCUGAGCGGGCAGUCACAGGAUACAAAGACCCCUACACAGGUGAAACAAUAUCCCUGUUUCAGGCACUGUCAAAGAACCUAAUCUUGAAGGAGCAUGGGAUUCGCUUACUGGAAGCUCAAAUCGCCACAGGAGGAAUAAUUGAUCCCAUCAACAGUCACAGACUUCCUGUGGACGUGGCCUACAAGCGAGGUUUCUUUGAUGAAGACAUGAAUGCAAUACUUGCAGACUCAGGAGACGACACCAAAGGAUUCUUUGAUCCAAACACAAAGGAAAAUCUGACAUACCUUCAGCUGAUGGGACGAUGUGUUAUCGACCCAGCCACUGGACUCUGCCUGCUUCCUCUUAUGGAACAGUCAGGUGGUCGGAAUCAUAAUUUCAUCGACUAUCAAAGCAAACUUAACUUCAAAGAAGUGAGAGUGAGGGUGACUUGUGGGAAGUACAUGGGAAUGAUUGUAUCCCUUUGGGAAUUGCUGAUGUCAGAAUACUUCAACGAACAUCAGAGGCAAGACAUCAUUCGGCAAUACACACAGGGACACCUUACAAUGGAGAUGAUGAUCAGAAGAAUUAUGGAGGUUAUAGAGCAAUCAGUGAAAACAACCAACGUCGUCUUUGAAGGAAUCCGGGAGACUGUCACAGCAAAGCAGCUGGUAGAGGCAGAUAUCAUUAGCGAGAACGUCCUGGAGCAACUCAACAAGGGGAAGAAGACAGUGAAGGAGGUCACAGAGGAUGAAACUGUGCAAAUGUACUUACAAGGGAAAGACAGCAUUGCAGGUGUUUUGCUUCCUGAUUCUCAGAUCAUGACAAUCUACCAGGCCAGACAAAAGGGAAAGCUAAUGCCAGGAACUGCACUGAUUCUACUGGAAGCUCAAGCAGCAACAGGCUUCAUCAUUGACCCUAUUGCCAAUAGAAAGUUUUCAGUGGAUGAGGCAGUGAAGGCAAACAUAGUGGGACCUGACCUUCAUGGAAAGCUGCGUUCAGCAGAGAAAGCAGUGACUGGUUACAAAGAUCCAUACACUGGCAAAACCAUCUCUCUGUUCCAAGCCAUGCAGAAAGACCUCAUCUUACAAGACCACGGAAUUCGUCUGCUGGAGGCACAGAUUGCCACUGGAGGAAUCAUUGACCCUCUUAACAGCCAUCGUAUUCCUGUCCAUGUAGCCUACAAGAGGGGAUAUUUCAAUGAGGAAAUGAAUCAGAUUCUUGAUGAUCCAAGUGAUGACACUAAGGGCUUCUUUGACCCCAACACUCAUGAAAACCUCACUUACCUGAAGCUCAUGGCUAGGUGUGUCACUGAUCCAAGCACAGGCCUUUGUCUUCUGCCACUCAAAGGCAAAAGCAAUAGAGUCAACAUACAAGAUCACAUAAAGGAGACAUUCCAAGCUACAAAUGUCACUGUUAAGUAUGGCAGGUUCAGCUGCAAGCAUGUAACACUCUGGGAUCUCAUCAACUCUGAAUAUCUGUGUGAGGACAAAAGGCAGGAAUUAUUCAAACUGUACAAGUUAAGGACGAUCACAAUCAAGGAAAUCAUUGUAAUUAUCCUGGAGAUCAUUGAAAGCAAGGAGAUAAAGUGGCAAGCCGGUCUUAACUUUGAGGGUCUGAGGGGGAAUGUUUCUGUUGUGGACCUUUUGAGGUUGGAAAUUGUGGACGAAAAGACAUACACAAGUCUGAUUGAAGGGAAACUGACCAACAAGGAUAUAAUGAAGAUAGACACAGUUAGAACCUAUCUGAGAGGAAACAGCUGUGUAGCCGGGGUGAUACUCCAACCCUCCAGUCAAAAACUGAGCAUCUAUGAGGCCAAGAAAAAGGGCAUCCUGACUCCUGGUACUGCGCUAUCUCUUCUGGAAGCACAAGCUGCCACAGGCUUUAUCAUUGACCCUCUUCACAACCAGAAACUGACUGUGGAUCAUGCUCUUAAAGAGAAGAUAAUUGGCCCAGAGCUGUACGAAAAGCUCUUAUCAGCAGAGAAGGCAGUAACUGGCUACACAGACCCCUACACUGAUAAAAAGAUCUCACUCUUCCAAGCCAUGAAGAAAGAUCUGAUCCUGCAGCAGCAUGGCAUUCGUUUACUUGAAGCCCAGAUUGCAACAGGUGGCAUCAUUGACCCAUUGAAUUGUCUUCAUUUGCCCCUUGAAGUUGCUUACAGAAAGGGAUACUUUGAUGCAGAGCUUAAUCAAAUCCUGACAGAUCCCAGUGAUGACACCAAGGGAUUUUUUGACCCAAGGACACAAGCAAACUUGACCUACAUGGAAAUGAUGGAGCAGUGCAUAAAGGACCCAGAGACGGGUCUGUUUCUUCUGCCACUGAUGGACAAAACUAAAACACAGGAUGAAACUGAAAAAAUGUACUCAGACGCUGAGAUUAAACAGGAGUUUGAAAAGACAACUGUUAGCAUAUCAGUAGGGCGUUAUUCAGGAAAGACAGUCUCUCUUUGGUAUUUGAUUCACUCUGGAUACUUUACUGAUGAUCAGAGACUCCAGUUCCUUGAAAAAUACAGAACAAAGAAGAUGAACAUACAAGUAAUAAUCACUUUGGUCAUUUCCACCAUUACAAAACUGGAAGAGAACGAAACUCUGAAAACAACAAAAGGUUUGAGAAAGCCUGUCUCUGCAAAACAACUAUUGAAAUCAAGCAUAAUCGAUGCCAAUACCUUCAAGAGUUUGGAGGAAGGAAAAGUAACUCUCGAACAAGUGACCAAACUGGAAUCUGUGAAGCAAUACCUAAGGGGUACAGGAAGUAUUGCUGGCAUCCAGAUUCUUCCAUCCAAAAAAGUAAUGAGCAUUUAUGAGGCAAAGAUGCAAGGUUUGCUAACACCUGGUACUGCACUGAAACUGCUUGAGGCUCAGGCUGCAACAGGGUUUGUCAUCGAUCCAAUCAAGAACAAAUAUUUAUCUGUUGAUGAGGCCGCAAGAGAACGACUAAUUGGACUAGAAAUACAUGAAAAACUACUCUCAGCUGAACGAGCAGUCACUGGAUAUGUAGAUCCAUACACAGAUGACACAAUUUCUUUAUUUGAAGCCAUGAAAAAAGAUCUGAUCGAGAAAGGCCACGGGAUACAUCUGCUAGAAGCACAAAUUGCAACAGGGGGAAUAAUUGACCCAGUCAACAGCUACAGGAUACCUUCUCAUGUCGCCAAGAAAAAUGGCUACCUUGAUGAAGAAACAAGUGAAGUAAUGUCUAAUCCAAAAGAUGACACAAAAGGAUUCUUUGACCCCAGCACCAAGGAAACCCUAACAUACCUUCAGCUAAGAGAGAGGUGUGAAAAGGAUUCUCAGACAGGACUUUUACUCCUACCAUUACAUGUAGAAGCUGGAGGUGACUUUCACACAGAUGAACAAACAGAGCAGGAAUUCAAAGACAAAGUUGUGGUCAUCAAUGCAGGUAAAUUUGAAGACAAACAAGUGUCACUGUGGGAUGUGUUAAUCUCUGAAUAUAUUUCAAAACAGAAGAGAGAGCAGCUCUUGAAACAGUACAAGACAAGAUCAUUGACAAUGAAAGAGAUAAUAGAAAUAGUCAGCAUAAUAAUACAGGAAGUGACAUCAAAACAAAUAAAGUUCAAAGGACUGAGGAAGCAGGUAUCAGCAAGUGAGCUUUAUGAGUCACAAAUCAUCUCAAAGGAACUAUUCACUCAGAUUAUCCAUGGAGAAGUUACUGAAGAGACGGUAGGGGAAAUGGAAUCUAUUCAAAAGUACCUUGGGGCAACAAAUUGCAUUGCAGGAGUAAGAAUUGAAUCCACCAAAAAGACCAUGAGCAUCUAUGAGGCCAAAUCCAAAGGUCUUCUAACUCCUGGAACCUCCCUGGUUCUGCUGGAGGCUCAAGCUGCCACUGGAUUUGUCAUUGACCCAGUGAAGAACAAGAAGCUCUCUGUAGAAGAGGCAGCCGCUCAAGGUGUGGUUGGGAACGAGUGGAAGAACAAACUGCUUUCAGCAGAGAGGGCAGUCACMGGAUACAAAGAUCCCUACACWGGAAACACUAUUUCCUUGUUCCAGGCCUUGAAAAAGGAUCUAAUUGUCAAGGACCAUGGAAUUCGCCUUCUUGAGGCACAGAUUGCAACUGGUGGAAUCAUCGAUCCAGUGUACAGUCAUAGAGUGCCAGUAGAGGUGGCGUACCAGAGAGGAUACUUUGAUGAGGAAAUGAACCAGAUCCUCYAUGACCRUGYCGAUGACACCAAGGGCUUUUUUGACCCCAACACACAAGAGAACCUCACCUACCUGCAGCUUGUGGAGAGGUGUGUGACAGACKCAGARACUGGCCUUAGCUUACUCGUAAUUGUCAAAAAAGGAGAGUUUUACUUCUUCAUUGAUGAGCAAACCAAGAACAUUCUAAAGGCUAUGACAACAACUAAGGCCGGAGGCAAAUUUCAAGGACAGAAAGUGUCUCUAUGGGAUCUCCUCUACUCAAAAUACAUCACAGAGGAGAGAAGGAGAGAGCUUGUGCAGCAGUAUAAAUCUGGAGCAAUCCCUAUUGAACGCUUCAUGGAGAUUAUCCUAGCAAAUAUUCAACAAAAGACUACCACCACAAUAACCACAACAUCUUCAGUGAKAACAUGCACACCACCACCUGAGACAAAGUCAGAGAAAACAACCAUUACCACAACAACCACAGAGACAAGCUUCCAUGGUAUCAGGAAGAAUGUCACRGCUGGCGAGCUGCUUGCCUCAAAAAURAUUGACAAGAAACUCUAUGAAGACCUAAACACAGGAAAAGUCACAGUGAACCAAGUGAGUGAAAUGGACUCAGUACACAAGUACCUGGAGGGAACUAAUAGCAUUGCAGGUGUAUAUGUUCAGUCCACCAAACAGACCAUGAGCAUCUACGAGGCCAAAUCCAAAGGUCUUCUAACCCCUGGAACCUCCCUGGUUCUGCUGGAGGCUCAAGCUGCCACUGGAUUUGUCAUUGACCCAGUGAAGAACAAGAAGCUCUCUGUAGAAGAGGCAGCGCUCAGGUGUGGUUGGGAACGAGUGGAAGAACAACUGCUUUCAGCAGAGAGGGCAGUCACUGGAUACAAAGAUCCCUACACAGGAAAACUAUUUCCUUGUUCAGGCUUGAAAAAGGAUCUAAUUGUCAAGGACCAUGGAAUUCGCCUUCUUGAGGCACAGAUUGCAACUGGUGGAAUCAUCGAUCCAGUGAAGAAUGUCACCGCUGGCGAGCUGCUUGCCUCAAAAAUCAUUGACAAGAAACUCUAUGAAGACCUAAACACAGGAAAAGUCACAGUGAACCAAGUGAGUGAAAUGGACUCAGUACACAAGUACCUGGAGGGAACUAAUAGCAUUGCAGGUGUAUAUGUUCAGUCCACCAAACAGACCAUGAGCAUCUACGAGGCCAAAUCCAAAGGUCUUCUAACCCCUGACCUCCCUGGUUCUGUGGAGGCUCAAGCUGCCACUGGAUUUGUCAUUGACCCAGUGAAGAACAGAAAGCUCUCUGUAGAAGAGGCAGCCGCUCAAGGUGUGGUUGGGAACGAGUGGAAGAACAAACUGCUUUCAGCAGAGAGGCAGUCACUGGAUACAAAGAUCCCUACACAGGAAACACUAUUUCCUUGUUCCAGGCCUUGA